AUGAGUUUGCCCAGUGGUGUGGAUAUGACCGCUGCGCUCAUGUCCCAGCAUCCCGCCGUACUCGGAGGCCUUUCGCCCGCGUUCUUCUUGCAACGAGCGUCCGAACGGUACCAGCGAACGCCCAAAUGCGCCAGAUGCCGCAACCACGGAGUGGUGUCUGCUCUAAAGGGACACAAACGGUACUGUCGAUGGAGAGACUGUGCGUGCGCUAAAUGUACGUUGAUUGCGGAGAGGCAAAGGGUGAUGGCGGCACAAGUGGCUUUACGGCGACAACAGGCACAAGAAGAAAACGAAGCCAGAGAACUGGGUCUUAUUUACCCUCCGCCAUCGUCUUCUUCGACCACUGCCGGCAGAUCGAGUCCAGACGAGAAAAGAGCCCGACUGAACUUGGACGACUCUGUUACGGUUAAACACGAGCAGAACUCCGGUGUUGGCCAACAGGACGUGCAAAACGCCAGAAGCCGUUCGUCGAGCGUGUCUCCUAAUGCUCCCAUACAAGUCACUUCUACACAAUUCGCGGCCAAGUACAACAGUCCGUCCAGAUCAGAGGCGGAAAGCAACGACAGCAGUAACGAAGCGACACCGGAAAACUUGUCGUUACCCAAACGAAGGGAUUCAGCCUCGCCCACAGAGCCCCAGAAGUCCCGGUUGGCCACCAACUUUGCCGGUUUUUCCAGUUUUCUGGAUAACGGUUCUUCCCUUAAUUCGGCAAACACUUCAGCUGCGGCGGCGGCGGCGGCGGCUGCAGGACGAUCGGCUGUCGACGUACUUAGGCGGGUGUUCCCGUACAAAAGACGGGCGGAUAUAGAGACCGUGUUGCAACGAUGCAACGGGGACGUCCUGCACGCUAUCGAACUCAUGAUGUGCGCCACCGACCAGCUGUCCAUGCCACACCCGUCGCUCAUGGACUCGCACUCGGCUUUCUCGCCCAUGUCAGCGGCCGCGGCCACCGUUUGCACGGCCGCCGCCGCCAUGACGUCAUUCCACCAUCAACAGGCCCCGCGGUUCUUGACUGCUCCUAUUCACCAUUACCUGCAACCCCAACUACACCAUCUGAGUACGGUUCAUCCGCACGCCAUGGCCUACCACCAAUCGCACCACAUGAACACCGCGGGUGCGACCUCGCCGCGGUCGCAAUCUCCAGGUUCUGACAAGGCUUCGUACUCUGACUGAAGUACAGUAACAGAGGACACCAAUAUCAAACAAGUUCAGUUGUAAAAAUAAUAAUAUGUAAAUACUUCUUAUAAUUCAACCGCAUUUAUUUUACAUAAUAUAUUAUGUAAAAAUUUAGUGUAACUCACAGAACAAUAUAAUACAACCCAUCAAGUUCAUAUUUUGGCCCAGAGCUGACAUAGCGGAUAAAGCUAACGGUAAACAGUAUGCUAACGGUGUAAUACCUUCUGAAACGAACUAACGUUUUGCCAUAACCUUCAACUUUCUAGUCCAGCAUGUACUUAUUGAGCAAAUAGUAAUCUGAUAUUAAUGAUUCAUUUUUUGUGAUCGAUUUUUUAAUUGAAUCAUAAAACAAUCGAUUACGCCCAACAUUGUUUUUUUACUAAUAAGUUUUCAAUUUAAUGUUAAAUGUCAGAUUUGAAGGGUUUUUAAAAUAUUCUAACUGUAUCUCCAAUAGGACGGGUUCGCGAUAAAACGCAAUUAGCAUAACUCCAAACGCGUAGUUUGUAAUUAUAGAAUAAUAAUAUUACGUUUUAUUUCACUUCCAUUUUGCUAUCUAAUUUAAUUAUUUUUAAAAACCAAUAUUAUAAAAUAUUAUAUUACUAUUAUUAGGUACAUAAGGUAAAGCUAACUUUUUAUAUUUAUUAUAAGUUAUUGUGUUUAUUACUAUGAAUUGUAUAAAUCGUAACCUUAAA